GAUAUUGACAAAUUUCAUGUCACUGUUGUUCUUAGAAGGUCGUUUGUUUGUGCGAAGAUUUCUUAUCUGGGAUCUCUCCCUUUCUCUCUCUAAAAUCAACAUAGAACUCACUUUCCUUCUCCGCAAAAUUAUAUUAAAUAUAAUUAAACUCUUUUAUGUUUUGUUUUUCAUUUGUGUUAAGAGAGAAAGAGAGAGAGAGAGAGAGAGAGAGUCUGGCCCAGCAGAUCGAAACUACUUCCAGAUGACGAUCUAAGCUUUUUCACUGGUGUUGAGAAAAUACGCACUUGCUUGUUCAUCGUAUAAUUAUUGUUUUUUCAGCUUUAUCUUGUGUUGAUAGUGUCACUUUGGACGCUCAAGUUGUUCCAUCAUGUGGAGUUUCUCUUCAAUUCAUUGAAUCUAUGGUGGAUUCUUCAAGGAGGGCUGAUUAGAGGAUGUGGGUCUGAGGAAUGGGAACAAAAGUUCAGUGUAAAAGCUACUUGCCCGGAUAUUACCCAAUGAGGGAUCUUAAUCAGGAUAACAAUUAUAGCUGGCCACUAUAUUAUGGAGAUAGAACGUUGACAAAUGGGCAGUAUUACAAUGGUUUCUUGCCUAGGGCUGCUGCAGAGGCAUAUUCAGGGUAUGAAAAAGAUGAAGUUAAGCGGAAAAUGCUUGAGCACGAGGAUGUUUUCAAGAAACAGGUGUUUGAACUUCACCGGUUAUACCAAAUACAAAGGGACUUGAUGGAUGAAGUAAAGAGGAAAGAACAACAUAAGCAUCAGAUACCUGUCGAGACAUCAUUUUCGUCUAGCCACUUGGCCUCUCAAAUUACAUCUGAAGAUGCUCGGAAAUGGCAUAUCCCCAGCUUCCCUUUAGUGAACUCUGUUGUUGCAAGACCAUCAAUUUCAGGUAUUGAAAACAUUCAUUCUCCUUUAAGUUCCAUGAAAGGAAGCUGCACACAAGCUGGUCCCUUACCUUUCCAAAACGGUGAUAGUUCAAAGGAUGUUGAGUUUCUGGAGUCCAGACCCUCAAAGGUCAGGAGAAAGAUGAUUGAUCUUCAACUUCCGGCUGAUGAAUACAUAGACACUGAAGAUGGGGAACAGUUCAGGGAUGAAACAAUAUCUGGCUCGUCAAGUUAUCUCCCCUAUGGAAAUCAUAAAUUCACAUCCAAUAGUGGUGUCAAGCUGUUGGCUGAUGAUGGGAAGAAGUCUGGUUGCCAGCUAGAUGCUUCAAGAUCUGAUUCAUAUUUAAGAAGUACAAACAGUUUAGCUGACUUAAAUAAGCCUAUUCCAGUUGAAGAAUCAAAUACUUCUGCAUAUUUUGAUCCUCUGAGCCAUGCCUCCCAUAAAGGGGAAAUUAAAGGCCAUGAAUUUUCUAUUAAAACAACACCACAGCUUCAAGGUUUGCCUAAGGAUUUUUCUAUGAACUCCCAUCAUUUAAGCAAUGGGACUCCAAACAACCGACACUUAGACAUUAAUGAAAAUGAUAGAAGCUUGUUUUCUCAUGUGAUAGGAACAGACCCCACUAAGAGUAACCUGAUAUCUGUUUCUCGAGGUCUUCAAUAUGAGAAGUUACCUAUAUCUUCUCAGUCAACACUGGGUCUGUUUAACAAAGCUCAUGAACCUCCUGCUUUUUUGCUAACUGAUCAACGCAAGGUAGAUCCAUUGAGAGAGAGGACAGUUCAUGGGUUAGAAAUUUCUGAUAGAAAUCACUCCAACAAUAACCAUCCCGAAUUUGGUGUAGCUUCUAAUAUACCCAGUUCCUAUUCAGUUGCUUCAUCUUCUGGUUUGUUUAACUCCUGGCCUCACUCAGUUUCAGCUUGGGAAAAGCCUUGUGGUAGCUUAAACCAGAAGUCAAUGUCAGUCCAGACACACUCAUAUUUGAAUUUAUCUGAUACCUUGAGUAGGAGUCAGACUGCUGCUCAGACCUAUGGGAUAUUUGGAGACAGUUGGAAUCUAAACGGCAAUCCUAGACCAACCUCAAGAGUUGAAGGUGAGUUGCCUAACCGGAAUGGGUUUUAUUAUGGGUCCUCAUCGGGAACCAAGGAACAUGUGGUUCUGGCCCCUUCAUUCAGUUAUAAUCAACUGAACUAUGGUCAUGAUGAUAAUGUUGUCUCUGAGCAUGUCAUCAACCAUGGUUCUGCAAAGUUCUAUAAAGAUUCAAGUAGUGUAGACAUGAAAUCUGCAAAAGAUGGGAACUUUAAUGCAGUCCAAGGUCUUGAAUUUAAAGAUGGAGGAAGGAAGAAUGAGGACCUUACCAUGCUGCCUUGGUUAAGAGCUAAGUCUUCUUGCAAGCAUGAGGCAACCAGUACUGAUAGGGAUUUAAAUUUUGGGGACUUGAGUUUUCUGAGAUCUUCUCUGAAGCAGCCAGUGAAUAACAAUGAACCUGGAAAUAACCAAAUAUUUACUCAGAAAUUGAAGUCAGAUUCAGAUUCCAAUAAUGUUGAGACAGGCAAGGUUGAAAGAAGUGAAUUCCUGAGUGACAGGAAAAUUCUUGGGUUUCCCCUGAUUGAAAAGUUUUAUACUUCUAAGAAUGAUUCUUCAUCUCUCACCUCCCCUUCUGUGUGCAUUCCCCCUCCAUCUGUAGUUGAAGUUGAAAAUGGCAGGAAGAAUAGAGUGCUUGAUAUUAACUUGCCUUGUGAUGCUGCUGUUUCUGACUCAAGCCAACAGAGUGCAGAUGAAGAACUGAUCAUAGAGAAGAAACCGGAAACAAAGGUUGCCAGUUUCAGGCAUCACAUUGAUCUGAAUUCAUGUGUGAGUGAGGAUGAAGCUUCAUUGAUGCCCACUGUUCUGAGCACUUCUGUGAAGACAGGAGGGAUUGAUUUAGAAGCCCCAAUAGAUCUUGAGACCGAGGAUGAUAUCAUGCAUGGAGCAGAACAUCCACAAAAGUCACAGGAAGCACCUCUACAAUCACUUCAACAAAUAACUGAACUGUUGCCUGAUGAACUUGUCAGAGUAGCAGCUGAGGCAAUCAUUUCCAUUUCAUCAUCUAGUCCUUGUGAUCAUUUGGAUGAUGCCACUUGUAAUUCAUCAGAAACUUCUGUGAAGGACCCCCUUAAUUGGUUUGUGGAUAUAGUUGAGAUAGUUUCAUCUUGUGAAGAUGAUCUUGAAAGUAAGUUGGAUGCUGUUUUGAGUGGCAGAGGGGGUGAGGCUAAUGAGGAAUCUUCAUUGGAAGAAAUUGAUUACUUUGAGUCAAUGACAUUGAAAUUGACAGAGUCAAAGGAAGAAGAUUACAUGCCCAAGCCCCUGGUUCCAGAAGACUUCAAAGUGGAAGAAGCAGGAACCACCUUAUUACCAAAUCGGACCCGAAAGGGCCAGGCAAGGAGAGGAAGGCAGUGGAGGGACUUCCAAAGGGACAUCCUUCCAGGCCUUACUUCUUUAUCAAGGCAUGAAGUGACAGAAGAUCUUCAGACCUUCGGAGGAUUAAUGAAAGCAACAGGUCACACGUGGCAUUCAGGAUUGACAAGGAGAAACUUCACUAGAAGUGGGUGUGCCAGAGGGAGGCGGCGGUCUGUAGUUAGUCCAUCACCUGUUGUGGUAGCUAGCACUUGCACUCCAUUGAUGCCACAACUUUCUAAUAUUGAGGUGGGACUGGACGAUGGAAGCCUAACAGGGUGGGGAAAAACAACUAGACGACCUCGCCGGCAAAGAUGCCCUGCAGGUAAUCUACCUCUGCCGAUGGCGUAAUAUAGGAGGAGGCUUCUAUUUUAGUAGUUGAGCAUUUUAUAGAGAAAAGUGGGGAGUUGAUCCUAUGGCUUUUGGGGAGUGAGGUUGUAGUGAGGCAUGGGGAUUUGUCUUUGUUCAUUUCAUAGCCCAUAAUUUUCCCUUAAUUUGUCUUGUCUUUGGGUGUUUACCAACUUACGUAUUAUUCAUAAAUAAUGUUGCAUGAUUUCUUCA